GGGAGGCGCAGCCGCGCUCUGCCCGGGGCCGCCGGCAGCCUCCGCGCCAGGACUUGCAGUGAAUGGAGGAGGACACUUUUUGCUAGAGAUUUAACUUACCUAAAGAUAUCAAGUGCUUGCAAUAAACCAAGUGGAACAGGACCACCAUGUUUCGAAACAGUCUCAAGAUGCUUCUUACAGGAGGGAAGUCAAACCGCAAGAACAGGUCCAGCGAUGGAGGGAACGAGGAGCCACCAGACCGAAGACAGGCAAGUGUAGACUCCCGUCAGAGCCGAGCCGGGCAAGGCACCUCCACAGAGAAUGACUGUGCUUUUGAACCUGACUACGCUAUUCCACCACUCCCAGUGAGCGAAGGUGAUACUGAGCAAGAGCUGGGACCCCCUCCCUCCGUAGAUGAGGCAGCGAACACACUCAUGACUCGCCUGGGCUUCCUCCUCGGAGAGAAAGUCACGGAGGUUCAGCCAGGGCCCCAGUACAGCAUGGAGGUGCAGGACGAGAACCAGAGCUCGGCGGUGACGCAGCGCAUCAGCCCCUGCUCCACGCUGACCAGCAGCACGGCCUCGCCGCCGGCCAGCAGCCCCUGCUCCACGCUGCCCCCGGCCAGCGCCAGCGCCACGGCCAAGGACUGCACCUAUGGGGCCGUCACCAGCCCCACGUCCACGCUGGAGAGCAGAGACAGCGGCAUCAUCGCUACGUUGACAAGUUACUCUGAAAAUGUGGAACGUACUAAAUAUGGAGGGGAAAGCAGUAAGGAACUUGGAUCUGGGGGAAACCUGAAACAGUGGCAAUCCCAGAAAUCCAGCAUGGACCUGUACCGUGUGGAUGAGAACAUGUCAGCCUCCACCUACAGCCUCAACAAAAUCCCCGAGAGGAGCCUGGAGACCGUCCUGUCCCAGUCCGUGCAGUCAAUUCCUCUUUACCUUAUGCCUCGGCCAAAUUCAGUAGCAGCCACCAGCUCGGCGCACCUGGAAGAUCUGGCUUACCUGGACGAGCAGAGACACACCCCCCUGCGCACGUCGCUGCGGAUGCCGCGGCAGAGCGCGGCCGGCGCCCGGGCACAGCAGGACCUGCGAGUGCGCUUUGCGCCCUACAGACCCCCCGACAUCUCCCUGAAGCCGCUGCUCUUCGAGGUGCCCAGCAUCACCACGGAGUCGGUGUUCGUGGGCCGGGACUGGGUGUUCCACGAGAUCGAUGCCCAGCUGCAGAGCCCCAACGCCAGCGUCAACCGCGGCGUGGUGAUCGUCGGCAACAUCGGCUUCGGCAAAACCGCCAUCAUCUCCAGGCUGGUGGCGCUCAGCUGCCACGGCACCAGGAUGAGGCAGAUCGCCUCCGAUAGCCCCCACGCCUCUCCAAAACAUGUGGAUGCCAGCCGCGAGCUGCCCUUGGCCCAGCCGCCUGCUGCCCACGCGGCCAUCGCCAGCGGGAGCUGCCCCGGGACCCCCGAGCUGCGCCGGCGCCAGGAGGAGGCCAUGAGGAGAUUGGCCUCGCAGGUCGUAGCUUACCACUACUGCCAGGCUGACAACGCCUACACGUGCCUGGUGCCCGAGUUCGUGCACAACGUGGCCGCGCUGCUGUGCCGCUCGCCGCAGCUGGUGGCGUACCGGGAGCAGCUGCUGCGAGAGCCGCACCUGCAGAGCCUGCUCAGCCUCCGCUCCUGCGUGCAGGACCCCAUGGCCUCCUUCCGCAGGGGGGUCCUGGAGCCCCUGGAGACCCUGCACAAAGAGAGGAAGAUCCCUGAUGAAGAUUUCAUUAUAUUAAUUGAUGGUUUAAAUGAGGCUGAAUUUCACAAGCCAGAUUAUGGAGAUACCAUAGUAUCGUUCCUGAGCAAAAUGAUUGGAAAAUUCCCUUCCUGGCUGAAGCUGGUAGUGACAGUCAGGACAAGUCUGCAGGAAAUAAUUAAGCUGUUGCCCUUCCACAGAAUAUUUUUGGAUAGACUGGAAGAGAAUGAAGCCAUUGACCAGGAUCUGCAGGCAUACAUCCUUCAUCGGAUACACAGCAGCUCGGAGAUCCAGAACAACAUCUCUCUCAACGGCAAAAUGGACAACACUACGUUUGGCAAACUCAGUUCUCACCUCAAGACCUUGAGCCAAGGGUCCUACCUAUACCUGAAACUUACUUUUGAUCUCAUAGAGAAAGGAUACCUAGUUCUAAAAAGCUCCAGCUACAAAGUGGUCCCAGUGUCCCUGUCUGAAGUGUACCUGUUGCAGUGCAAUAUGAAGUUCCCAACACAGUCUUCCUUUGAUCGGGUCAUGCCUCUCUUGAACGUAGCAGUGGCUUCUCUGCACCCAUUAACAGAUGAACAUAUUUUUCAGGCCAUUAAUGCAGGUAACAUUGAGGGCACUUUGGAGUGGGAGGACUUUCAGCAGAGGAUGGAGAACCUUUCUAUGUUUCUUAUCAAACGUAGAGACAUGACACGAAUGUUUGUUCAUCCCUCUUUCCGAGAAUGGCUUAUUUGGAGAGAAGAAGGUGAAAAAACCAAGUUUCUUUGUGAUCCAAGGAGUGGCCAUACACUACUUGCCUUCUGGUUUUCCCGACAAGAAGGAAAAUUAAAUAGACAGCAAACCAUUGAACUGGGACAUCACAUUCUCAAAGCACAUAUUUUUAAGGGUCUGAGUAAAAAAGUUGGAGUAUCUUCCUCCAUCCUGCAAGGGCUUUGGAUCUCCUACAGUACUGAAGGUCUUUCAAUGGCUUUGGCAUCUCUGAGGAAUCUCUACACCCCGAACAUAAAGGUCAGUCGCUUGCUGAUUUUGGGAGGCGCAAAUGUGAAUUACCGGACGGAAGUUCUGAACAACGCCCCCGUUCUGUGCGUGCAGUCUCACCUGGGCUACGCUGAGAUGGUGGCUCUGCUGCUGGAGUUUGGGGCCAACGUGGACGCAGCCUCGGAGAGCGGGCUGACCCCGCUGGGCUACGCGGCUGCCGCGGGCUUCCUGAGCAUCGUGGUGCUGCUGUGCAAGAAACGGGCCAAGGUGGAUCAUUUGGACAAAAACGGGCAGUGUGCCCUGGUGCACGCUGCUCUCAGGGGACACUUGGAGGUGGUGAAGUUCUUGAUCCAGUGUGACUGGAGCAUGGCUGGGCAGCAGCAGGGGGUGUUCAAGAAGAGCCACGCCAUCCAGCAGGCCCUGAUUGCUGCUGCCAGCAUGGGCUACACCGAGAUCGUCUCCUACCUGCUCGAUCUUCCAGAGAAAGAUGAAGAGGAGGUGGAGAGAGCACAGAUCAACAGCUUUGACAGCCUUUGGGGAGAGACAGCUCUGACGGCGGCGGCGGGGCGCGGGAAGCUGGAGGUGUGCCGGCUGCUCCUGGAGCAGGGCGCCGCCGUGGCACAGCCCAACCGCCGCGGCGUCGUCCCGCUCUUCAGCGCCGUCAGGCAGGGCCACUGGCAGAUCGUGGAUCUCCUGCUCACGCACGGCGCCGAUGUGAACAUGGCAGACAAGCAGGGCAGGACGCCGCUGAUGAUGGCAGCGUCCGAGGGACACCUGGGCACUGUGGAGUUCCUGCUUGCACAAGGUGCCUCGAUUUCUCUGAUGGACAAAGAGGGCUUGACAGCCCUGAGCUGGGCCUGCCUGAAGGGCCACCUGCCCGUGGUGCGUUCCCUGGUGGAGAACGGAGCGGCCACGGACCACGCGGACAAGAACGGCCGCACGCCGCUGGACCUGGCGGCGUUCUACGGCGACGCUGAGGUGGUUCAGUUCCUGGUGGACCAUGGGGCCAUGAUCGAGCACGUUGACUACAGUGGGAUGCGGCCCCUCGACAGAGCAGUGGGCUGCCGCAACACCUCGGUUGUCGUCACCCUGCUGAAGAAAGGAGCAAAGAUAGGUCCAGCAACUUGGGCAAUGGCAACCUCCAAACCAGACAUCAUGAUCAUCCUGUUGAGCAAGCUGAUGGAGGAGGGAGACAUGUUUUAUAAGAAAGGUAAAGUGAAGGAGGCUGCCCAGCGCUAUCAGUAUGCUCUGAAAAAAUUCCCCAGAGAAGGGUUUGGAGAAGACCUGAAAACCUUCCGUGAGCUGAAGGUGUCGCUGCUCCUCAACCUCUCCCGGUGUCGAAGGAAAAUGAAUGAUUUUGGAAUGGCAGAGGAAUUUGCCACUAAAGCACUGGAGCUGAAACCGAAAUCGUACGAAGCUUACUAUGCAAGAGCGAGGGCCAAACGCAGCAGCAGGCAGUUUUCAGCAGCCCUGGAGGACCUGAACGAGGCCAUCAAGCUGUGUCCUAACAACCGUGAGAUCCAGCGGCUGCUGAUGCGGGUGGAGGAGGAGUGCAGGCAGCAGCAGCAGCAGCAGCAACAGCAGCCACCACCACCACCACUCCCAGCAGAGCCAGAACCCGAAGCCCAGCAUGAAGAGCUGUAUUCUGUGCAAGAUAUCUUUGAGGAGGAAUACCUCGAGCAGGACGUAGAAAAUGUUUCCAUUGGCUUGCAGACAGAAUCCAGGCCAAACCAAGGGCUGCCCAUCAUCCAGAGCCCACCCCCAUCUCCAGCUCACAGGGACUCAGCCUAUAUUUCCGGCUCACCUCUUGGCUCUCAUCAGGUCUUCGAUUUCAGGUCCAACAGCUCUGUGGGUUCACCAACCAGGCAGGGGUACCAGUCCACAUCCCCUGCUCUGUCUCCGACACACCAAAACUCACAUUACAGACCCAGUCCUCCACACACAUCCCCAGCUCACCAGGGCUCCACUUACCGCUUCAGCCCCCCUCCGGUGGGGAGCCAGGGGAAGGAGUAUCAGAGCCCACCGCCGUCUCCCCUUCGCAGAGGCCCCCAGUACCGCGCCAGUCCCCCCGCAGACAGCAUGAGCGUUUACAGGUCCCAGUCCGGCUCCCCGGUCCGUUACCAGCAGGAGCCCAGCGGGGUCACCCAGCUCCCCGGCAGACCCAAGUCUCCGCUGUCCAAGAUGACGCAGAGAUCCUUCCAGAUGCCCCAGCUCCCCGUGGCCGUGCCGCAGCCAGGGCUGAGGCUGCAGCCAGCCAAGGCACAGAUCGUGAGGAGCAAUCAGCCCAGCUCUGCCGUCCAUUCCAGCACUGUCAUCCCGACUGGUGCGUACAGCCAGGUUGCCCACUCGAUGGCCAGCAAGUACCAGUCAUCAUCAGGGGACAUGGGGGUCAGCCAGAGCCGGCUGGUGUACCAGGGCUCCAUCGGGGGCAUCGUGGGUGACAGCAGGCCCGUGCAGCACGUGCAGGCGAGUCUCAGCGCCGGAGCCAUCUGUCAGCACGGGGGGCUGGCCAAAGAAGACCUUCCCCAGAGACCAUCCUCAGCGUACAGGGGGGGCGUGAGGUACAGCCAGACUCCUCAGAUUGGGCGAAGCCAGUCCGCCUCCUACUACCCGGUGUGCCACUCGAAGCUUGACCUGGAGCGUUCUUCCCUCCCCGCCAACCAGCUGGGCUCUCCGGAUGUGUCUCACCUCAUAAGGAGGCCCAUCACAGUCAAUCCCAGUGAAAUUAAGCCUCACCCACCGACUCCAAGGCCUCUACUCCACUCUCAGAGCGUUGGCCUCCGCUUCUCCCCGUCCAGCAAUAGCAUCUCCUCCACGUCCAACCUGACUCCCAACUUCCGCCCCUCUGCUUCGAUUCAGCAAAUGGAGAUUCCCCUCAAGCCAGCCUAUGACCGAUCGUGUGAUGAGCUGUCCCCGGUGUCGCCCACGCAGGGGGGCUACCCCAGCGAGCCAGCCCGCUCCCGGACCACGCCGUUCAUGGGAAUCAUAGAUAAAACUGCUCGGACUCAGCAGUACCCCCACCUCCAUCAGCAGAACCGGACCUGGGCUGUGUCGUCAGUGGACACUGUCAUUAGUCCUACGUCUCCUGGCAAUCUGCCCCAGCCGGAAUCCUUUAGCCCACCCUCUUCAAUCAGCAACAUUGCCUUUUAUAACAAAACCAACAAUGCACAGAAUGGCCAUUUGCUAGAGGAAGACUAUUACAGCCCCCAUGGGAUGCUGGCCAAUGGGUCCCGGGGAGACCUCCUGGAGAGAGUCACCCAAGCCUCCUCGUACCCCGACGUCAAGGUGGCAAGGACGCUGCCCGUGGCACAGGCCUACCAGGAUAACCUGUACAGGCAGCUCUCCAGGGACUCCAGGCAAGGGCAGACGUCCCCAAUCAAACCAAAGAGACCAUUUGUGGAGUCUAAUGUGUAAAAGACACUUGUUGGAGUGAGACCCUCAUGUUUUCAGCACACACUUCCAGGCUUGAUUUCCAUGCAUACUAUUAUAAUUAUUAUUAUUAUUAUUAUUAUUACUAUUAUUAUUUUUAUUUCUCUUUGAUAGCUACAUGAUCAAGUUUCUCCGGUACUUUAUGUGGUGGUCAGACAGCCGUGCACGUGCUCCAGCCCUUUUGUUCCCCAGCUGACUGUGAAGCCAACAUCAGCCGAGCCAGUAUCGUUUGCCCAAUUCCAGCAAAGGUCCAACCAAGAUAUCUUAGUCCAUGGUGUGGGGAGGUCCAGAGAUAUCCCUACGCAGCAGGAGGUAACGAGCUCUUUUUCAAGAGACAAUUGCCUUGGAUUUAAAUUGGUUUCUUUUGUCACAGUGAUCUCUUACUCAACUCUGAUGGGAAUUCCUAGGGAAUUCCACAGGAGCCUUUCCCAAGGCUGCAUCCACAGGUCCUUGUGCCAGCCAGGUUGUUUGGCUCUUUGCCUCAAAGAGCAGAUUACCCCCAGUGAUGUGAUGUAACAGCAGUAGCUAUGCACAGCACCCACAAUACCCAUCCUGAUUCUGCUGGUUUACAGCUUUCCUUCCUUAUUUAACUUGUCAUUGGCCAGAAGGGGUGGGGAUCACACAGCACUUUGCUGCUUUCCAAGUACCUACCAGCUGCUCUCACACUGAUUUCUUUGCUCUGGGGCAUUUUACAAGCAUUGAGGUUUUCAGGUUGCCCCUUUGUUAUGUGUUUUAGUCAGCCAAGGAAAUUGGCCAGGAGCCUCUUGUGCAUGAGCUGGGAUUGCCCUAACUUCUUCACAGUGUUGGCAGACUGCACCUCACCCUCAGCAUUUGCAUGGGGCAGGUUAGUGUUGGGGACCUCAUCUGAGGGGGAUUUAUCACUUGCAAGGAAGAGCAAAAAUUUGGUAUUCAAAGCGCAAAAUUGCAAUUCUAAAUUUUUUUUUUACAUUUUCUUAUGAUGAGGAUGUAGAGCAUGGCAUGAUGGUUCCAAAAGAGGAAGGGUCUUUCUGCCAUCGCAGCCCUGCAGCAUCCCUUCCCUCUGGCUCAGUUCUGUCAGGGAGCAGAGGCUGU